GGUAUGAGGGGUGCCAUCUUUACGAGAAACCUCCCACGCAGUUUUCUGCUUUUUGUCUCUCCCCCUUCGAAUUGAUACGGCUUCGAUGGCUCAAGUUCUCCGCAGACAUGUCUUCCCCACCCCUCGGAGUCCCUUCUCCCUCUCCAACCCUCGAUAUUUCUCCGUCAUAACCCCCCGACAAGCAUCUCCCGCCAAUCCUGCGCAGCACCCCGAUCGUAGAAUGCGCAUGCAAGCUAUGGGGGGAACGCGAAUGGCAACCGACGUUGGCCUUCUACCUAAUACUUUCAUAGCAGCUAGCAGCCCCUCUCUGUUUAGACACCCCAAAGGACUUUUGAAAUUCCAAUGGCAGAGACUCAAGAUCCGAUUCUGGGAUACCGUUGCCACUAUUGCGUUCAAAUGGAUGUCUCCUAAAACCGGGCGUGUACGAAGAAAGGUGCAACUGAAGCGCGGUUCGAUAGUACCCGCAGCCGAAGCUCUGUACAGAGAAAUGUACCAAAAUUUUGCUGCUGGCGAUAUUGGACGCUUGCGCAGAAUGUGUGCCGAUGGACUUUUGGAGAGUUUUGCGCAGCGCAUAGCUUCGAGGCCACGAGGGCAAAAGGUGACAUGGAACCUUGUGAAGAUGAACCGAAGACCUAAGAUUAUGUCGACCAAGGCCGUCAUGAUACCCGGAGGCGAUGGCAAUGUGAUACGACAAGCGGUGGUCAGAAUUUCCAGUAGACAAAAGAUGACAUUGAGGGAUAACAAAGGAAAGGAGCUGCCAGGGAGCACUGAGAAGGACGUCGUAGAGUAUGUGGUUGUGCAGAAGAUCUAUAGAAAUUGGCAAGACCCAGAAUGGCAGGUCUGGGGUACAACGAGGGGGACUACGUUGAAGGAUCUUGAUGAAUGGGAGAAGAUGGCCUAGGAGUGAGAGUUGGUGAUUUCAGAGCUGUACAAUAUGCAUCUGUCUGUCUCAGUGUAAAAUAUUGGUGGGGGUUAGCUACUUGUAUUGUACAUAAAUCCCCCUUUCAAAGUUCUUACAAGCGACUAAAAUAUUUAAAACCUCACUCGACGUGAGUGAGUAUGAAAUAUCAUGGCUCACCGCAACGGUCUACUGGAGGGACGUGUAAGAUACUUGGGGCUAAGCAUAUUGCUCUCACAAAAGAGGCUGUCAUGACGAACUGGAGUACAAUCAAGACAGCAGUUCUCUAGAUCUAAGACGUAGACAGCUUUGAGCCCGGGACAGAUAGGAAAUUACUUUAGUGACAGCAGAGACUGGUCCAGUGGCUUCCAUCUUCCAGAACAUGCGCUUAUCAUUUCCGCCUCUCUCCCCCCUUUCAUAUCCUUCAAUCAUCCUCUAACAACAUCCUCGCAUCCUCUUCGUCUAAAAUCAUCUUUUACCACCACAAACCUCCAAUGCUCUUCCA